AUGAACCCCCCACGCGACUCCCUCACCUUCCCGGAGACAGACCGCGCCUUCCUCCAACCUCACCUCCCCCCGUUACCAGCAGCAGCAGCAGCACCACCACCACCAGCAACCGCCACUACCCACCAAAAUGGACCCCCCCACGAUACCACAACCCGAUUACCAUUCACAACCCUAACCUUCGCAACCUCCCUCGACUCCUCCCUCGCCCUCAGUCCAGGAACGCGCACCGUCCUCUCAGGCCCACAAUCCAAAGCAAUGACGCACUACCUCCGCUCGCGCCACGACGCAAUCCUCAUCGGCGUCGGCACGGCGGUCGCCGACGACCCAGCCCUAAACUGCCGGUUGGCGGGCGUGGGCGGCUUCGGUGGUGAAGGAUUGGCUGGCCAGCCGCGCCCGAUCAUCGUUGACCCCGCCGCGCGCUGGCGGUUCCGCGAUGACGCGAAGAUCUUUCGGAUGGUGCGGGAGGGGCGUGGUCGCGCGCCCUGGGUGCUUGUUGCGCGGGGAGUUGUUCCGGAUCCUGGGCUGAGGGGGGUGUUGGAGGGAGUUGGGGGGCGGUAUAUUUAUUUGCCUGCUAGGGGGGUUAAGGGAAGUGGGAGGUGGGAGUUUGAUUGGGGGGAAGUGCUUGAGUAUCUCUGUCAGGUGGAAGGGCUGCGCAGUGUUAUGAUUGAGGGUGGGGGCUCGAUUAUCAACUCGUUAUUGGAGCCUAGGUUUCAACACCUGAUCGACUCGGUGAUUGUUACGAUUGCGCCGACAUGGUUGGGGAGGGGUGGGGUGGUGGUUUCGCCUAGACGCAGAGUUGAGGGUGGGGUCGUUGUGCCUGCGUCGAGGUUGACUGCUGUCAAGUGGUAUCCGUUUGGGGAGGAUGUGGUGCUUUGUGGGAGGAUCAAGGUCGAUGUGUGAAGAGGGAGUAGGGUAGGGGUCGUGCUGUUGAAGCGGGU